AUGGUGCAAACCGGGCUGCCGUACUCCAAGAAGUUGUCAGCACAUACUUCGUGCGUGAACUCGUUGGCAUUCUCGAAGGAAGGGAGGUGGCUUGCGAGUGCAGGAGACGAUCCAUACAUCCACUUGUGGGACUUCAACCAAAAAGCCUUCACUGGCCCACGUUCUAACGUCUUUACCGUGGCAUUUUCGGCAUCCGGGCAGUAUCUCUAUUCAGGUGACACGCAAGACAUAAUCUAUCAAUACGAUCUCUUGCACAUGUCCUCGCCUGUUGCCCAUGGCCCUCGCACUCCAAGCUGGCGUGAUACUCGGCAUGAAGAUAGCAUUCGUGCUAUCUCUUGUCAUCCCGAGACUGAUAAUCUGUUCUUGAGCGGAGCAGAGGACGGAAAGGUCAUCUUGCAUGACAUGCGUACCCAGCUAAAAUACAGCCACGCGCAGAGUCUUCUCCAGCAUACAGCUGAGAUCACAUGCGUACAGUACCAUCCUACGAUGACGCACAUCUUUGCAACGAGCGACAAUCGGGGACAAGUUUGUUUGCGCGAUGUGCGGAUGGCAUUCGGGCCCCUGUCACAGCGCUCCAAUGCGGGAAUUGUGCACGAAUAUGUUACCACAAUAGCAAAACAAGGGACGGCGAGAAUGGCGCGGCCGGAGGCAAGUAGCUUGACCUUCGAUCGCGAUGGUACUUUUUUGCUCUUCGCCUGUAUCCGGUACCUGACGAGUGAUCCAGGACGUAGACUCGGCCACCACAUCCCAACAUUGUACUCUCUUAACGACCCGUAUCCCAUCGCGACUUUCAGCGAUCGUUUUAAUGCCAACAGAAUACCCGGAUCGUCUUGGAAGGAUAUGUACUCUAAUAGCUGCACAAUGAAGCAUGGUACCUUCGGCGGAUUGGGAUCAGACAGAGACAUGUUCUACGCACAAGGAUCGGAUGAUUUUCGGACGUACAUCUGGAAGAUACCUGACGAUGCGGAACUUCUUGCGCAACGAGCGAUCCUCGACGACUCCGAAUGGCACAACUGCCCCAGACCUGGAGAGAUUGGAUACGCCUCUUCACUCGCAGGCUCUCGAUAUGUUCCAUUCGAGGUCUCUCGGCCUUUUACCCGACUCGGAGGGCACGGCUCGAUUGUAAACACCGCCCUCUUCCACCCCCAUCGCCCCCUGCUCCUCACCGCCGGGAUCGAACGCUUCACUCGACUGCACAGUCCCACCCCGACCACCCCAUGUACCGAACGCUUGGAAGCCACUCCCCUCGAAGUGCGCUUGGCUGCCUCCUCAAACCCUGGUUCGCGCGAGGUGUUACUGCGCGCGAUGGGCAUGGUCGAUGACUCCGACACGGAGGAAGCGGAGGACGACAGUCAGGCUAUUGCCAUGUUCGAUCACAUAUUGCGACAGGAAGGCAACGGAGACGUGUUCUCUAUAAAUCCUUGGACGCCUGGAAGCGACGACGAAACGGACUCGGAUUCGAUCGAUGAUCACGAGGGUGUCUCGUUGCAGUGA